GCUGGGAUUAAAGGCAUGCGUCACCACCGCCUGGCAGAAAUGAACAUUUCCAUGCGAAUCUGUGUCCUCACUGCCUCUCUCUCCACAGUGAGGGGGUCCAAGCCAGGCAAGAAUGUCCAGCUACAGGAGAACGAAAUCCGAGGACUCUGCUUGAAGUCUCGGGAGAUCUUCCUCAGUCAGCCUAUCCUUCUGGAACUUGAAGCACCACUCAAGAUAUGUGGUGACAUCCAUGGGCAGUACUAUGAUUUGCUCCGGCUAUUUGAAUACGGUGGCUUCCCGCCAGAAAGCAACUAUUUGUUUCUUGGGGACUAUGUGGACAGGGGCAAGCAGUCACUGGAGACAAUCUGCCUCUUGCUGGCCUACAAAAUCAAGUAUCCGGAGAACUUUUUCCUUCUCAGAGGGAACCAUGAGUGUGCCAGCAUCAAUAGAAUCUACGGAUUUUACGAUGAAUGCAAAAGAAGAUACAACAUUAAGCUGUGGAAAACGUUCACAGACUGUUUUAACUGCUUACCGAUAGCAGCCAUCGUGGAUGAGAAGAUUUUCUGCUGUCAUGGAGGUUUAUCACCAGAUCUUCAAUCUAUGGAGCAGAUUCGGCGAAUUAUGAGACCAACUGAUGUACCAGAUCAAGGUCUUCUUUGUGAUCUUUUGUGGUCUGACCCCGAUAAAGAUGUCUUAGGCUGGGGUGAAAAUGACAGAGGAGUGUCCUUCACAUUUGGUGCAGAAGUGGUUGCAAAAUUUCUCCAUAAGCAUGAUUUGGAUCUUAUAUGUAGAGCCCAUCAGGUGGUUGAAGAUGGGUAUGAGUUUUUUGCAAAGAGGCAGUUAGUCACUCUGUUUUCUGCACCCAACUACUGUGGCGAGUUUGACAAUGCAGGCGCCAUGAUGAGUGUGGAUGAAACCCUCAUGUGCUCCUUCCAGAUUUUAAAGCCUGCAGAGAAGAAGAAGCCCAACGCCACGAGACCCGUCACACCGCCAAGGGUUGGAUCAGGCCUGAACCCGUCCAUUCAGAAAGCUUCAAAUUAUAGAAACAACACUGUCCUAUACGAGUGACCGAUAGCGCUUUCUUUGGCUACAUUCUUUAUUCUGCGGUGAUGCUGAGGCUUAUAAAUCAAAAGGAACUAACUUGCCGUCCACCCGUUUAUACAGAACUCACAGUAUCUAUGACUUUUUUAAUCUACGACCUGUUAAAAUGAAUCUGUUUCCACAGAUGCCCGUGUACAAUGCCAUGUGCUGAGAAUGACUUCAGACUUAUUAAAUGCGAGCUUGUUAACCUGUC